AUGAAAAUUGCGGUAGAAACGACACUAUUCGACUUCUUUGUCAUCGAUCAGUUUAAAAAAUCUACUUUUUCAGCGCCAAACACCAAAGUUGACACUAUUAAGGGUUGUAUUAACAAGUUUAUUGAACAAUUUAAUGUAUAUGAUGAGCAACACAUAUUUUGGCAACCUCCUGGAAAAUCAAACGUCAGAUUGCUGUCAAACGCCAAUGACUUUGGCCAAUUGGGAAACUUUUUGCAUAAGAAAAUCAAAUGUAACAUUUUUAUUGGAGAAGAAGCAUUAAGGAAAUACGAUUUAAAUAUCUGUGGACCUUAUGACAAAUUUGUAGAAAAUUCUGACCCUAGUGUUAAAAAGGUUGUGAACAGAGAUGAUGUCAUGUUGUCGCGCAAAUGUUUAAACAUCAUAUCGGAACAACUCUCUAUACUUGAGAAGUCCAUAAGUAAGGCUCAAAACCAAGUGUUGCAGUCAAGUGAGGUUGAAGGAAAAAAAUGUAUUAUCUUGCCGGAAGAUAAACCAGAACUCAUCAAGUUUUUUUCUAAAUUUGAAACGAGUGUUCAGUUACAGGAGGUUUACGAGGGCUAUAAGGUAUAUGAAAAGCUAUUACAAAAAUUUGGUGGGCAAAAAAAAAGAAUGGAGUCUUUCUUGAAUGAAAACACGCCAAUGUCAGGUGCCGAAGCUAUCAAGCAAAUAAAUAUAUCUGAGGAGCUCAAGGAAAAAGGGGAACGUUUAACAACACCAAACGAUCCGUUAUUACACGUUGAGGUGAGUAAUGAGGAUAACUCGCUGCACUUUAUAUUGUACAAUAAAACGAAUAUCAUAAUUCCAGGAAAUUGUACAUUUGAAUUUUCUAGCCAAAUCUCCGAGGUAUUCAGUAUCAAAAUGGGACCGCAUGAGAUAGGCAUAAAGGGUCAGAAAGAGCUAUGGUUUUUUCCAUCAUUACCUACUCCUCUCUCCAAUUACACAAUGAAAGUCGUAAACCAGGAUGGAGAAACUAUUCUGGUUGGUAAAUGUGCUGACUCCAAUGAAAUAACUCUAAAAUCUCCACUAGCCUCAUUUUCGACAGGCAGUUUCCAGACAGGCAGUUUCCACACUUUGCAAGAUCCUACUAAUGUUUUCCGGGCAGACGCGCUUUCUUCCCCUGAUGAAUCAAGCAUCAUGAGCACUCCCUUUCUAGGCGAGACAGAUGAAGUUUAUAAUUCUGGCUCUACAUUAAGUAGGCCAUUUACUUGGGAAGAAAUAUAA